AUGAAAGCAACUUUAUUGAUUUCAAAUCUUCUUUCUAGGACAAUAACGCUUAAUUCAUAUGCAGCGAACAGUAAUCUAAUCAUUAUCGAUAAUCCCAAUGAUUUUUCACUUGCAGAUGAAAUAAAUUCAAAAAUUAUUUCUCAAAAUAUCAAUUCAAUUCUAAUACAGAGUGGCGUUUCAUCUAUCCCAUUGAGUUCAUCAUUUGCACCUUUUACGAAUGUCAAAACAAUCUUCCUUACUUCAAAUUCUUUAACAGGAAUUCCCGAAUCCACUUUUGCUUCAUGCGGGCUUCUUGAAGAAUGCAUCCUAUCUACAACAAUUACCACGGUUGGAGGCAAUGCUUUUGCGUUUUGCCAUAAUUUAAAGUCGAUUAACCUGAAAUCAGUUCAAAAUAUAGGUAUAAAAGCGUUCUUUGAAUGCCAUUCACUUAAAACUAUAGAACUUAAUGUAGUAAUUAACCUCAAUAACUAUUGUUUCAAGAAUUGUUAUUCGCUUUCUAACGUUACAGGCCUCACAGGACAUAGAUCUACACUUGGAUACAAAGUAUUCCAUAAUUGCUGGAAUUUAUCUACUCUAAGAAUCCAUAAUCAGCUGGCUUUGGCUAAUGAAAAUUAUCAACCAUUCAUUUAUUCAGGAUUGAAAGAGAUUACCAUUGAUUCAGGGGUGAAUUUCUUGUUUACAGGUUGCAAAUACCUCCAAAAGGUCACUUUCUCUGAUUCUUGUCCUUUGACACAAUUGAAAUCUCAUAUUUUUGAAGAUUGUUCACAAUUAUCAGUUGUAACAUUAUGUGCCAGUAUUACAUCAUUAGAAUCCUAUGUGUUUGUCAAUACAAACAUAACAAGUUUGAAUUUAUUCAACGUAAUUUCGAUGAAACCAUAUUCAUUAUACAAUACAGGCAUCAAAGAGAUCACAAUUAAUAAGAAUAUAAAUCCAUCUUUUAAGAAUUAUGUAGAUCCAACAACUUCAGACUUAGAUUCAUUAGAUCCAAAAUUUUUUGACGACAAAAACAUUGAUGACUACAGUUCAAACAAAUUUGGUUGUAUAUGCAAUGAAAAGAACUUGAAGAAAGUCAUUUUAGGAUCAGAUGUUACAGAGUUUACAAUGUCACUUUUCAUCAAUGUCUCAAUUUCACAAUUUCAACUUAUGAGUACUAAUAACUUUGUUAUUGAGAAUCAAAUGUUAUAUAACAGUGACAAAACAUCAUUAAUUUCAAAAUUUAAUGACACAAAAACAGAAAAUUAUGAAAUUCCAAACUCAAUUCCUUCUGUCAAACCUUUCUCAUUCAUUUCAUGCACAAACAUCAAAACAAUAACAAUCCCAGACACACUAACAAAUCAAGACUAUUUAUGUGCAGGAAUGAUUAAUCUUCAAACCGCCAAAUUUACAUCUUCUCAAAUUUCAAAAAUUCCAAACGGAUUCUUUUAUUUAUGUCACAAAUUAAGUAGCAUUGUUAUUCCUGAAUCUUCAUCUAUAUCAGAGAUUGGUGACUUAUCAUUUGCUUAUUGUUUUAGUUUAGUUAAUUUGAUGAAGAAUGAUUUGACAAAACUUGGAAAAGGUUCAUUUGUUUGCUGUGUCAAAUUAAGUCAAAUUUCUUCAGAAAAAAUUACAGAAAUUCCUGAUUUUUGUUUCAUGGGAAUAACAGACACAACAAAAUUCAAUUUGCCUAAAUCACAAUCAAUUGGUUAUUGUUCAUUCUAUAAAUCAGAUUUGACUAAGUUUGAUUGUCCUGAACAAUUAUUAAUCAUAAAAGAUUUGGCAUUCAUGAAUUCAAUGAAAUUAGAGACGAUUAAUUUUAAUUCAAAAUUGACAAGUUUAGGAAGUCAAUCAUUUGAUAGUUGUUCAUUAAAAGAAGUAUUGAUUGUUGAAUCAAUCAAGUGGAUCUCAAACACAUGUUUCGAAAAUAAUCCAGAUAUUUCAUUCAAAUUCGAUGAAAAUUCUAUUUUUGGAGCAGACAACAAAUGUUUUUACUAUAAAAAUAAUGGAUAUCUUUUGUUCACAUAUGGAGAUCAGACAGGAAAAUUCGAAAUCUCAGACAAUGUUAAAUAUCUUGACAACAAUGGAUUGAGAUUCAAAACAAUGCAGAGUAGUUCUGAUGAAGGCGGAUUUUUGAUUAAUGCAGGUGUUACAACAUUAGUUGUUCAUCAUAAUGUUGUCAGCUUUAAUACUGAUUUAACGAAUUUCCCUUAUAUAACAACACUUUGUUUUGAUAGUUUUGCAAUGUCAGACACUAAGAGCAAUUCUUUAUCUACAUUGAAUUUUUAUAAUCCAUCUUUAGAUUAUUAUGAAUUAGCAUUCCCAACAUCUCCAACAGCAGCAACUGUUAUUUAUUCAGAUUGUGUUGAUAAUGUCGACAAAACGAUUGAUCCAAACAGAUAUAUCAAAUCAGAUGGUAAAUAUGAUGAAGAAUGUAAUUCAUCAUAUCCAGAUGCAUACAUCAAAACAGAAGGAAAAUUGACCACAAUAAGUGAAGACAAUGCAAUUCUUCAACUAAAUGGAUACAUAAUUUCAUUUGAAGAGCCUAAAUCAUAUCGAUUAUCAUCCAUCGACAUUAUUUUGAUUUGUUUUGUUUCUGUUUUAAGUGUUAUCCUUAUCAUUACUUUUGUUUUGAUUUCUAUUUUAUAA